UUUAGUUUGAUACGACUUGUAACGUUGAUUUUAACUCGGUGAUCUCUGUACCGAUUUAUAAUGCAAAACCGAAAAGCAGUGGCAGUAAUCGGUUCUGUGGCUUCUUGGGGAGCGUUUGCUGUAGGAUGCAUAUAUGCCGCUCCAGUUUUAGUUGGUGCUGCGGCCGUUGGUGAAGUUUUCACUUUGGUAACUGCGGCUUGCAUGGACGAUGACAAGGACRAUGACAAGGACGAUGACAAGGAGACAAUUUUCUAUCAUUACACCGAUAAACAGGGUGCAGAAGGGAUUAGGAAAAGUGGUAAAAUCACGGAAUCCUCAAAUACACAAACAGACGCAGCUCUUGGACAAGGUGUCUACGUUACCACUUUGACACCAGAGACAMUCGACAAGGAACUUCUGAAGAACAACUACGACAGCGGUUGGAAAGAAAGAGAUACAAAUAAUGUGUCAUACUAUGUCAAGUURGUGUCUCGUGGUAGCCGYACGACAAAAAAAAGAUUCAAGACAAACAAAUCGUUGAGACGUGACGUGUACGUGCAUCAGGGUGACAUUGUGCUGAAAGAAUACAAUGGAGAAAUCGUUCAGAGAAUUUUCAAGUCAGAGUCAAAUUGUCCGUUAAUCUUUUUCGUCGUGUCUGUUAUUGUUCUUUUGUUUGCAGUUUUUGUAUUUCUUAUUCGUUAAGCCGGGAUAUCGAACUUUAAACAGGGUACACAAACUCACCCUGACCAACCCAGCCCCUUUGGUUACUGUUAUUAAAUUAUCAUUGUAUAUUACCCUGACCAACCCAGCCCCUUUGGUUACUGUUAUUAAAUUAUCAUUGUAUAUUACCCUGACCAACCCAGCCCCUUUGGUUACUGACCCUCACCAACCAAGCCCCUUUGGUUAAUAUUGUUAGAUUAUCAUUGUAUCUCACCCUCACCAACCAAGCCCAUUUGGUUAAUAUUGUUAGAUUAUCAUUGUAUAACGUCCCUCCGCCCCCUUUUCAAUGUUACAAGGAAGGUUCAUGGUCACAUCAAAAGACAACAUAUGCAUUGAUUCGGGGUCCGGGGGGUGAUAUAGUUUGUAUGGAAAUACUUACCAACAAUAUUGCUAUGUUUUCUUAGGCUGUCUUUUGACUCCCGUUGUAGGUUUUUGUGGUAUUAUACUACUUGUUAACCAUUUUUCAGAAGUCAUUUUUGGCAUUUUUUUAUGUGGUAGUUAGUUAUUACAAUUAUAAAGCUCUUAAUUCUACGACAAGUUUUGUAUGAUAACGUCAAAUUAUAGAUAUUCUUUCUUGGACGCUUCACAUUUGACAAAUAGUCCCUUCCUAAGUAAUCCAGUAUUCUCUAUCAAUCUUGUUAGCUWCUUGAAACAAAACAAAAAUGUAAAGAGCUUUCAAAUUGAUAUCAAUCAUUAGUAUCUACCAAACUAUCACAAAUCCAGCGUUCUGAUUGGCUACUGAACUAUGGUAUAUUCAUGAUAUACCGUGUUCGCAUCAAAUGAAGCGAAAUUAGAAAGAAUGUCUAGAAAAGUUGCUGUUAUUUUUUCAUGCUUUUUUGUCAGACUUGUCCAUCCGACCUCAUGGUCUGAUUGCUGAAUACCAUUUCCUUAGAAAGAAAUAUUUAGGCAAAGUUUUAUUUUCGUUGUUUGGGAGCAGCAUUCGUGUUGCUAUUGUCUGCUGAUGGCAGGGUCUUGUCGUUUGUAGUUUCUUGGAAGUCUGUCGUAGGUGGUGGUAGAGAGGUCGAAACAUUCUGAUUGGGUAAUCUUGCUGUACCCUCUUAGUGUCGGGUGCUUCUAUAAUACCGUGUUGCACUCAUUCUGUAUGUUUGGUGGUUGGAACACAAUUAGUGACUUGUGAUAGUUUUGCAUUCCUUGUUCUGUUCUGUUCUGUUCUUGUAGAGAAACGUUGCUGUGUCGUGGUUUUAUUGACGCUGAACAUUGAGAUGUUUUUCCAUGUUCUAAGGAUCUCGUUUGCGUACGUCUUUUGUUUGAUGCACUGGACUAUGGUUGUUGUUGUUAUCACGUGUCAUUUACCUGUUGUGUUGUUUCUUGUAGAAGGGUUUUUAUAGUUCAAGAGAUUAGUUAAGUUAGAUUACUCAAAUAUUAUAAGAAUAUUCUAAAUUCAGGGAUAGAAUACGGUGUAUAGUAGCAAUCAAGUUUUUGUUAAAUCCUUUAGGAUUACAGUGGGGGAUCCAUCUGUUGAGUGCAAGGGGUACGCAAUUCCUCUUGAGAUUUUGUAACCCUUUCUUUGUCUCUUUUGUGACCAUUAUUUUGCAGUGCACCCCUUCACCAGUUGAUCUGUAACCCCUCCCUAUCGAAAAUCCUGGAUCCGACACACUGGAGGAGCGAUCACUUAAUAAAUCAAAACGCUAUAUACAGACGAUAGGCUAGUAUUACUAUAUGAUUAUUCUACAACUCUUUUUCGGUUAAUUUUAUAAUUCUACUUAGUAUACACCAAACUAUUGGCUAUCAUUUUUUAGAAAUACUGAUAGCUUUGACAAUAAAGGACUUAGAAAAUUUCAUCUUGAAGUAAUGGAUCUAGUUUUAAACUAAGAUACUCAGUCCUUUACGCACACAAAAACCCGCAGCACUGGAAAAAAUCGCGCGCUAUAAAGGUUGUAAAUUUGAUGUAUAUAUGAUGUAAGUGUCCAAAAUGAUGUAAAUUUGAUGUAAAUGAUUUCCAUCAAAUUUACAUCAUUUUGGACACUUACAUCAUAUUUCCAUCAAAUUUACAUCCUUUAUGGUGCGCGAUUUUUUCCAGUGCAGUUUAUUGAGAAAACUAUUUUCGUCUUGGCUAUCACAAAUCCUGCAUUCUGAUUGGCUACUGAACUAUGAUCUAUUCAUGUUAUACCAUACCAAAUAGCUUGGUGAAUACCAAAACAACGGCCGAAUGGAAUAUCAACUCUUAGUUAACGCCAGACCGAGUGAUCUAAUUGUUAAACAUAUUAAGGUAUGAUUUAAUAAUAAAUGGUACUAUUUCAUUCAGCAUGAAA